AUGGCAGAGAGUGCUGAAUUAAACUUAUAUCAAAAAUGUGUCUAUUGUCUUCCUUCGAAAGCACCUUACGAGCCAUGGUAUGGUCAAAUUCCAAACAAGGAAUCAAUUAUGAUUCCAACGGAUAUUCCAUCAACUCUUACUGAGUCAAUGGCAGAAUCGUAUGCCACAAGUCCUGAGCAAGUUCUCAAAAAAUUCUUAGAAACAAACCCUAACUUUUAUAAUCCAAGAGAUAUCGCAAGAAUUAUUUUCCAUUCUCCAAAUAUUUCUCCAUACGCAAAUGCUUUCAUUAUUUACAACUCCGAUUUUGCUGUUCAAAUGCACAAAGCUCUUUUACGUUCAUUCAUUACAGCUAUUGACUUGGAUUGCGUUUCGUUAAUCGACGCUAUUUCAGCAAUCACAGCAAAGAUCGCCAUUCCAGAGAAAAUCAUCGCCAUCCAAUUCUUCGUUACAACAUUUGCGCACAUCUACUGCAUUAGAAACACAUUAGAAUGGCCAGAUAAGAAAAUUGUCGAAGAUAUUUUCUACGCAAUCAUUGCUUCUGCCCUCAACAAACAGAAAUUUGCAGAUAUAAUCGAUAAAUACCAGUCAUUUAAGAAGAUUUCGAAAUACGUUCUCGAUCAAAUUUCGUUCGAAGUUGAACAUCAUCCUCCACCAAUAUAUUUCACCGCUUUACCGGUUAAUUUCCCUCAAUCACUUGAAGCAGAGUUAGAGCAUGAAGGCCGUUUCAUUAACUCCUGGAGUUCAUUUUAUUAUGAAUUUGCAAAGACAAAUACAGGCAAUGGAGAAACAGGCAUGAUUAAAUACUAUCCGAACAAGAACAAGGAUGAUCUCCGCGGCGAGAUUCCUCUUGAGUUCGCUUUUGCUAGUCCAAAACAAGGAAUCAAGAACAAACCAUGGGUUUUACAGAUAAGCAAAAGAGAUGGUACAUCAUUUGGUCGCAAGAAGAAAGAUGGCGUCAUGAAAUCAAGCCCUAGAACACAAUACACUUUGGCAAUUAAUAACGAAAAAGAUCUUCUUACUUGGAUAUCUGCUAUUAACUUCAAGUAUGUCCAUACUGAAAUAUCACCUUAUUUGAUACCGGCUACUAAAUAA